AUGCCAGCGGCAAGCAAGUUUUCAAUAGUGACAGUUUUCUUGCUGUUACUCCCGCAGGAUUUCGUCCUGGCUGCACGGACAUGCUAUCAGUGCAGAGAUAUAAACUGUCAGCGUACCAGCUAUGAGCGAUUGGAGGAGUGUGUCCACGACUUAGAUGAGUGUGUGAGUGUUUUUUACAACGGCAUUGUGCAGGCGCAAGGCUGUCUGAGCACACUGGAGGAGCAAUGGUUGAAGCUAUGCCACGACCAGGAUAGUCCUCAUCAGGAAUGUAAUAUUUGUGUGGAUAAUAAGUGCAAUAACUUGGCCUCAAAAGGGGCGUCUUGUCUGCAGUGCAGCGAGAGUGAGGAUGAACGCUGUCGCUCGGACCCAACACAACUGGAGCCUCAAAUCUGCCCAGUUGCACGUAGUGGCCGCAACUUUUGCUAUGUGGGCCUGGAUGAUGCGGAGCAUUUGGUUAGAGGCUGCGUCACGCUUUUGACAGAACAGGCUGACUGCCUCGCUAGGGCCGACUGCGAGCUAUGUGACCCACUAGAAAUUGCGCACUGUAAUGCCAUGGAAAUUAUUGAGUCCACGUCCACAUCCACGCAGUCGCCGUCGACCAGCAGCAGCAGUUCAAGUAGCAGUAGCAGUAGUAGCACGUCUACAGCCGGACCAUCUAGUAGCACGAGCACUCUGCCGGCUUCGAGCACCGAAUCGUCAUCGCCAUCGACUUCAACAUCUGCAUCGCAACCUACAACCACAUCGACAACCAAUUCUCCCACAACGGACAAGCCUUCUGGCAACAGCUCUUGUAGCUUGAGUUCCAAAUACGUUCUAAUUGUUUUACUUUUAUCUAAAAUAGUGACAUUUUUAUACCCACAAUAGAGUGGGUAUAACCACUAAAAAGCUAACAACUUGAUGCCGAGUUCCCACGACCUUGCGUCUUAUAUGUAACCGUUAAAUUAGUGCUAAUCUAAGAAAUUCUCGGCUAAUUUUAUAGCUAGCUAUAAUUUACGAUAAGUUGGCCAACACACAUAACACGGUUUACGAUGCCAAUCAAAGUUCGGGCGUGGAAAUUACCCAACUCUAUGUAUAGUAUAUGAUCGGCCUAGUGGGGCUGGACAGAAGAAAAGACAUUAAAUAUAUCUAUAAUACCAAACAAAAA